AUGGCACAAUCCACUCCUCGAGUUUGGUUGAUUACCGGUUCUUCCUCUGGGUUCGGCAGGGCGAUGACGGAAGAGGUAUUGCGCAACGGUGAGAUUGCCGUCGCAACUCUGCGCAAGCCCUCCGCCCUUGAUGAUCUCGUUGCUAAAUAUCCGCGCACUCAGCUCCUAGUACUCCCUUUGGACGUGACCAAUGAAGCGCAGGUAAAAUAUGUCUUCGCACAGGUUAAGAAUGCCUUUGGGCACAUCGAUGUUGUGUAUAACAAUGCGGGGCAGGUGAUUUAUCAAGAGUUGGAGGGGACGCCAUUGGACCGUGCCAGGGCACUAAUGGAUGUCAAUUUCUGGGGCGCCGUAACGGUGAGCUUUGAGGCGGUUAGAUUCUUCAGAGAGGAGAACCCAAAGGGUUAUGGGGGGAUGCUCGUUCAAGUAUCGAGCCUGGCAGCGACCGCAGGGGUCCCUCUGCUCGAGUUCUAUAACAAUACGAAAGCAGCCUUGGAUUCGUUCACCGAGGUCCUGGCACAGGAAGUGCUUCCUGCUUGGAACAUUCGUGUAAGUAACUGA